AUGGAGGAGACAGGUGGAAUGGUGGAUGGUGAAAGAUGGGGAGAGGGUGUGGCAGGUGGAUGCUUUGUGGAGAGAGCACCAGUCAAGUCCAUUAUAGAGGAACAUUUGGCCAACCUGAUUGAAAAACUCUUGGAUGUGUCAUCUGACUAUGGCCUACAGAUGAAAUAUGAAAACUCCACUCUAACGCAGUUUUUGGUGUGUGUAAAAAAGGAGUACCCUGAGCUGGGAGAAAAAGCUUUGCAGCAGCUACUGCCCUUUGGAUCCACAUAUUUGUGUGAGGCCACAUUUUCUGCAAUGACUCUGAUCAAAACAAAGCAGAGAAACAGACUGGGCCUGGAAAAAAGCCUGAUCACUGCUGUGUCCUCCCUGCCACCGAGGAUGACCAAGAUCCUCAGUGAAGCACAAGUGGAGCUGACGGGCAGCAGUGUCUUCGACUACAUCCACCCCGGCGAUCACGUGGAGACGGCAGAGCAGCUGGGCAUGAAGCUUCCCCCGGGCCGGGGCAUGUCUCUGUCCCAGGGAGCCGUCAACGAAGACGGGGCGUCCUCGGCUUCAUCGUCCUCGCACUCGGAGACGCCCGAACCAGUGGAGUCCAGCAGUCCCAGUCUUCUGCCCAACGAUAACAUUUUGGAACGAUCCUUCUUCAUCCGGAUGAAGUCGACGCUCACAAAGAGAGGAGUGCACAUCAAGUCCUCAGGAUAUAAGGUGAUCCACGUCACGGGGCGUCUACGCUUGAGGAUGGCUCUGACGCACAGCCGCUCGGUGCCCCAUCAGAUCAUGGGGAUGGUGGUUGUGGCUCACGCCCUCCCGCCGCCAACCAUCAACGAGGUUCGCAUCGACUGCCAGAUGUUUGUCACCCGAGUCAACAUGGACCUCAAGUUCAUCUACUGCGAGAACAGGAUCAGCGACUACAUGGACCUGACACCGGCGGACAUCGUGGGGAAACGGUGCUACCAGGUCAUUCACGCCGAAGACGUGGAGGCGAUCAGAGAGUGUCACCUGGACUUGAUAAAUAAGGGUCAGUGUGUGUCGAAGUACUACCGGUGGAUCCAGAAGAACAGCGGUUACAUCUGGAUCCAGUCGAGCGCCACCAUCGCCAUCAACGCCAAGAACGCCAAUGAGAAGAACGUCAUCUGGGUCAACUACGUCCUCAGUAAUCACGAGUAUAAAGACACGCCCAUGGACAUCGCCCAGCUGCCCAACCUGCCUGAGAAAACCUCAGAGUCCUCCGAAACCUCCGACUCCGAGUCCGAAUCCAAAGAAAACUCCGACAAUGAGAAUGCCAAGUCCGAGGGGAAACCGGGCCACCAAUCAGAACGCGAGGACCCGGAGACAGACAGCAAGCGUCAACAACAGCCCGGCCAACCACAUUGCUCCUCCGAACAGGAAAUGAAGCGUCAGGAGGAAGGAGACAGCUCGAGUAACCCAGAGAGCCAGGAAAGUGACGACAGUCUGGAGCCUUCGGAUGGAGAGGGGGAGGAACAGGAGGAGGCGGGCAGAGGAGGAGGAGGAGGAGGAGGAGGAGGAGGAAGGCUGGGGAGGUUAGCAGGACUGGGAGGGUUGGGGGCGUUGGGCGCAAUCGGAGGACUGGGUAAUCUGGGCGGGCUUCACAUUAAAGUAGAGCACUAUGGCGACGGGGAAGAAGUUCAGCUGCACAACUCGCAAACCUCUUCAUCGGAGGAGGAGGAGGAGGAAGAGGAGGAUGACGACGAGGAGGAGGAAGAAGACGGAGGCGUGCAAGAUUGUGACAGCGCCAACGCCGGAAGCAAGCUCCAGAAGAGGCGAAAGAGGAGGAAAGUGCAGAAAUGGGAUGGAUCCCGAAGCAGGAGAAUCCGUCUUUCCUCGACCUCGCCGAGCCCCGUCGCCAUGGGAGACGCCGCGCCGCUCAUCGACCCCUCCCAAGCCGCUCCCGCAAACUCCUCCCACCUGCUCGCCUCCGCCUCCGGCUCCCCAAACGGCGCAGCGGUCGCGACGUCCUCGGUGUUGAAAAUCAAGACGGAGAUGGCGGAGCCCAUCAACUUUGACAACGACAGCAGCAUCUGGAACUUCCCGCCCAACAGAGAGAUUUCCCGAAACGAGUCGCCGUACAGCAUGACCACCAAGCCGGCCGCUCCGGGGAGCCACGAGAACUUCCCCUCGCCACAGGGCGGCUCGCUGCAGGUGGCCAUCCCCGACUCCGUCCUCACCCCGCCUGGAACCGAGGGAGGAGCGGGAGGAGGAGGAGGGGCGAGGAAGCCUCCUUACAACGGAAACUCAGCGCCGUCUUCUGUUUCCAGCGGUGCCAGUUUGGCGCUUCCCUCCAGCGGCGUUUCGUCCGCAGACCCUCUGUCUCCUCCGCUCUCGGCCUCGCCGCGGGACAAACAACAAGGCACUCCUACCACCUCCUCUUCCUCCUCCUCUUCCUCGUCCUCAUCGACAUCUUCCUCCUCUUCGCUGCUGUACUCCGGCGAUCUGGAGGCUCUGCAGCGUCUGCAGGCCGGUAACGUGGUGCUCCCGUUGGUGCAUCGGGUCACGGGGACGCUCGCCUCCACUGGCACGACGUCUCCGCGCGUCUACACCACAGGGACCAUCAGGUAUGCCCCGGCGGACGUCACUCUGGCCAUGGCGCAAGGCAACCUGCUCCCGAACGCCGCUAUGAACUUCGUCGACAGCUCAGGGUUCGGCCUGGACCCCAAGACGCCGAUGGAGAUGCUGUACCACCACGUUCACCGGCUCAACAUGUCGGCAGCGGCGGCCGCAGGCCCGUUUGUGGGAUCUCCCGCGGCCACGGGCGGGAACGGCGCCCUGGGAGGCCAGAUGCCGAGCGCGGCUAACGUUUUCACCACGGCGGAGGGACUGUUUUCGACGCUACCGUUCCCGGUGUACAGCAACGGGAUCCACGCCACGCAGACGACGCUGGAGCGGAAGGAGGAUUAACGCAAAGCGCUCAAGACCGCAUUACUGUGUUUCCGGAAACCAACGGACUGUGUCAAAUUUAAAGACUAACUCGCGCGUAAAAAGAAAACGAAAAAAAGAGGAACGAACAAAGACUAUUUCACUUCUUUUUAUCAACACAGCACUGUGUUUUCCGAGAGGGGAGAAAGGACAGGAAAGGAUGACAUAUGUACUCUAGCACUUUGAAUCUGAGAAACUGAGCUUGUGUAAUAGACAUGAAUGACCCUCAAACAUGUCCGCGCCCCCUUUUUUUUCUAUCUUUUUUUCCUCUCUCCUCCUCCUUCCUCAUCCUCCUCUUCUUGUCCUCUCUGUCUCUCUCUCGUUGCUCCUGUUUCCUUCGAUCAGCUUUUUCUCUCGAACAAAAUGAACAACAGGACACAAAAAACAGACUAUUCUAUAAUGUGAAGAAUUCCUUCUUUCUUUUUGCCUACAGACAGAGAAUUCAUGUUGCCGGAAGGACUCCGCUGGAGCCCGACGGGGGAAUCAUUUCUAUCGUUUGACGUUGUUUCUGUUGCGUCUUUAUGAAGAUGCUGAUGUGUAUUUAACGGAGGACGGUACAGGGAUUUGUAACGGACAGAAAACUCCUCCUCCCAUAUGUAUCUUGAUGUGAUCAAGGCUUGAAAAGUUUUCAAUCCCCGAGAGGAGGGGGACGCCAGGCCGGGCCGUCCCUGCGCCGGACAAAAGGUCUCAGAGAUAAAAUAAUCUUUUGAAAAAAGGUUUUUGAGGAACGUUUUCUCGAUUGAGGGAAUAGUUUAGAGAAUUAAUGCUGUUUUUUUUCAUUUUCAUUUCCUUCCUUUUUUUAAAAAA